AUGUAUAAAUAAAUAUUAGGAUAGGCAACAUAUUCAAGUUCAGCAGCAUAGAUCUUCAUCCCAACUUCCCAAAUCGAUGAAGAUACCAGCACACCUUGUGUUCAUCCCAGCCCCAGCCAUUGGCCAUAUUGUUUCAACGGUUGAGAUUGCAAAGCAACUCGUUGCUCGAGAUGACCACCUCUUCAUCACAGUCCUCCUCGUCACGAAGCUACCGGCGGUGGAAGACGACCAGCACGAAUACUUCAUCACUGACAAUACUAGAGAUUCUUCAGUCUCAUCACAACAGCGCAUCAGCUUCGUCAACCUCCCAGAAGAAGCUGGCCCGACCACCGCAUCCUCCUUCUCCAUUGUUGAAGAUCGCAAGCCCCUCAUCAGGGACGCUGUCGCCAAACUCGCCGACUCAAAGGCGACUCGGCUUGCCGGGCUUGUGAUUGACAUGCUCUGCACCGCCAUUGUCGACGUGGCAAACGAGCUUGGGCUUCCUUCUUACAUCUUCCACACCUCCAACGCUGCGUCUCUUGGGUUUAUGCUGGACCUCCAAAGGCUUCUUGACGAGAGUGGCGGAAAGCACGUCGCUGAGUUGAUGGGCCCUGCCGCUGAGCUGGUGGUCCCGAGUUUUUCCAGUCCGGUCCCUGCUAGAGUCUUGCCCGGUAUACUUCUGGACAAGGAGGGUGCUGAAUCUUUCCUCCGCCAUGCUCGACGUUUUAGAGAAACCAAGGGUAUUUUGGUAAACACGUUCUUGGAGCUAGAACCCCAUGCUCUUCGUUCUCUUUCUGAUAGUCAAAGUCAAACUCCGCCCGUGUACCCUGUGGGUCCCCUACUGAAUCUGAAGAGCAAUGAUCCCCUGCAGGGGAGAGGUGGGAACCAAGCCAAUCAAAAGUCUGAUAUAUUCGAUUGGCUCGAUGACCAGCCUCCAUCGUCUGUAGUUUUCCUCUGCUUUGGGAGCAUGGGAAGCUUCGUUGAGGCCCAGGUGAGGGAGAUCGCGUGUGCGCUGGAGCGCACCGGGCUCCCGUUCUUGUGGUCCCUACGACAACCGCCGCAGGAGGGCAAACCUAGUGUUUCCAUUGCCAUGCCGAAGGACCAUGAAGAUCCCACGUCGGUGUUGCCCCAAGGGUUCUUGGAUCGAACGGCUGGGAUCGGGAAGGUCAUAGGAUGGGCCCCACAAGUGGCCAUCUUGGCUCACCGGGCGAUCGGAGGGUUCGUAUCCCAUUGCGGUUGGAACUCCACGCUGGAGAGUCUGUGGUACGAUGUGCCUGUUGGCGCAUGGCCAUUGUACGCGGAGCAACCAUUGAAUGCGUUUGAGCUGGUGAAGGAAUUGAGGCUGGCUGUGGAAAUUAACAUAGAUGCUAAGGACAACCAAGUGGUUGUGAGCACAGAGGAAAUAGAGAGAGGGAUAAGGCACGUGAUGAAGCAUGAUAGCGUUAUAAGGGAGAGGGUGAAGGAGAUGAGCGAACAGAGCAAGAAAGCCUUGAUGGAUGGUGGUUCUUCCUACUCUUCGUUGGGACGUUUUAUUGAUCAGAUUUGACUUUUACUAUUCAGCAAAGC